AUGAGUCUUCCAAAGUCGUGCUGGAGCAUGGCUGCGUUAUAUCACUGUAUGAUUCGCAGGAGGUACAAACGCAAGCGCAAAAAACGAUCCGAACGCAAAGGUACCACCGGUUGGUGUCGUGUUAAAGAUUUACAGUCAGUUCUUGGUGUGAUUGUGGAUGAGGAGGACAUAAUGAGUUCAUGCAGCACUGACAUUAAAGAGAACUGCAAUCUGGACAACCGCUCAGCCAAGACAGGACCGGGGACGGGGUUACAAACAGCUAAUGGGAGCCUGCCGAGGGGCUCAAACCGUAAGCGCCCGUUGGAGGAGGGCAAUCGAGGUCAUGCCAACUCCAAAUUCCGUCCCAAGAGGCGCAAAAAAGCAGCGAGUCAGGUGUCGCCCAAAAACGCGCUGAUGCAGCUGAACGAGAUCAAACCUGGCCUACAGUACAAGCUUCUGUCGCAGUCGGGGCCCGUUCACGCUCCCGUCUUCUCCAUGAGCGUGGAGGUCAACGGACAGCGUUUCGAGGGCAUCGGGCCCACCAAAAAAAAGGCCAAGCUAAACGCUGCGGAGAUGGCGCUGCGUUCCUUCGUUCAGUUUCCCAAUGCCUCAGAGGCUCACGUGGCCAUGGGUCGCACACUCAGCACAGACACCGACUUCACCUCAGAUCAAGCCGACUUCCCGGACGUCCUGUUUAACGGAUUUGAGACGCCCCGCUGCCCUAGCACCAACGGUCAACGACGCCCCCCGAAUGAGCCCCUGAUGCCGGUUUUAGUGUCGCAGCAGAGCCACAUGAGCCACGGCAAGAACGCAGUAAUGAUCCUGAACGAACUCCGGCCUGGCCUCAAGUACGAGUUUGUUGCCGAAACCGGAGAGAGCCACGCGAAGAAUUUUGUGAUGUCUGUAACCGUGGACUCGCAGGUUUUUCAGGGCUCAGGACGGAAUAAGAAGCUGGCGAAGUCACGUGCUGCUCAGGCUGCACUUUCAGGCCUCUUCAACAUGCAGCUAGAUCAGACGCCAUCCAAACAGCCAAUACCAAGAGACGGGCUGCAGUUACACCUACCGCAGGUCCUGGCAGACGCCGUGUCUCGACUGGUGUUCGAGAAGUUCAGCGAGCUGACGGAUAACUUCACUUCGCCUCAUGCACGACGGAAAGUACUUGCUGGUGUCGUUAUGACUACAGGGACUGAUGUGAAGGACGCGCAGGUGAUCUGCGUUUCCACAGGCACCAAAUGCAUAAACGGUGAAUACAUGAGUGAUCGAGGCCUGGCACUAAAUGACUGUCAUGCUGAGAUCAUUGCACGACGUUCACUAAUCAGAUAUCUAUACAGUCAGCUGGAGUAUUUCCUCAGUAACAAUCCCGAGGACCACGAGAAGUCCAUAUUCCAGCGGUGUGAACAGAACGGCUACCAGCUAAAGAAUGGAGUUCAGUUCCACCUGUACAUCAGCACCUCACCAUGUGGCGACGCCCGCAUCUUCUCUCCACAUGAAGCCGCCAUUGAUGAUCAGGGGGACAGACACCCAAACAGAAAAGCCAGAGGGCAGCUGCGCACCAAGAUUGAAUCCGGCGAGGGCACAAUUCCUGUACGCUCCAGCAACACCAUCCAGACGUGGGACGGAGUCCUGCAGGGCGAAAGGCUGCUCACCAUGUCUUGCAGUGACAAGAUCGCCAGGUGGAAUGUAGUAGGUGUGCAGGGUUCCCUGAUGAGCUAUUUCUCGAAGCCCAUUUAUUUCUCCAGUAUAAUCCUGGGCAGUCUGUACCACGCCGAUCACUUGUCCAGGGCCAUGUACCAGCGUGUCGCAGAGAUGGAGGAGCUUCCAUCAUCGUUUACCCUCAACAGACCCCUGCUAAGCGGUAUCAGUAAUGCAGAGGCACGGCAGCCUGGUAAAGCUCCAAAUUUUAGCGUGAACUGGACACUCGGAGAUCAGGGACUGGAAGUCAUAAACGCCACCACAGGGAAAGACGACCUCGGCCGACCUUCUCACCUCUGCAAACAUGCCCUGUACAGCCGCUGGGUCUGUCUGCAUGCCAAGCUCUCCCAGACUAUGAGGAUCAAACUGACGACGCCCAGUUUGUACCACGAAGCCAAACAGGGCGCGGUCGAUUAUCACACAGCCAAGCAGACUCUGAUCCAGGCCUUCCAGAAAGCAGGACUCGGCGCCUGGGUCAAAAAACCCAUCGAGCAGGACCAGUUCUCCCUCAGACAGUGACGGAGAGAUCCGGAACAGGCAGCGAAUGAAAACGAGAGCAUGACUGGAAGGGGUUUUGUUUUAUAGACCAGCAUUUGAAAGUAAUUUUAAU